CACCAUGCCCACUUACCUCUAAAAGUUAAUUUCGGUCAUUUUCUUUAAAUUCUAUAUGGUACAUUAGGUUUAUGUAUUGGUAACCGUUAUUCACAUGUUGUAUUCUGUUCUCGCGAGAUAUGUCGGCAUUGAAGAAAAAAAAAACAUGAGCCUGUGAUUACGCGGGAAUUGUUUCUUAUACUCACUAGCAAGAUUACAAUCAGUGAUAUAUGAAAAUAUAACAUAGCGCCUGAUUUACGACUGACCAUACCUCAAGUCUCACUUUCCUGGUACCAAGGACAGUCAUGUUCUCUGACCUGAACGCCCAGAAGGAUGGCUCAUCUCUGCUCUGCUGCCCUACCUCUGAUGAUCAGGGGCCGAUAUUUGAGAGGGCAUCGCUGUCCUAUAUCCCCUUAUUCGAGCGCUACAGAGUUGGUGAGCGGAGCUUCAGUCGCCAGUAUGCCCAUAUAUAUGCAGCACGACUCAUGCAGAUGAGGCCGUUGCUCGCAGAGAGAGCCCAGCAGAAAUGGGGACCAGAGGUGCUUAUCAGGAAGUUGUGUGAGCUUCAGACUGGGGAGCAGUGUUGCAUUGUGGGGACCUUGUUCAAACGUAUGGACUUGCAGCCAUCUAUUCUUAAAGAGAUCAGUGAAGAGCACAACCUGCUGCCCCAGCCUGCACGAGCCAAAUACAUUAGUGAAGCAGAUGAGCUGAUUCUGGAGGAUGAGCUCCAGAGGAUCAAACUACAGGGCAAAAUUGACAGAGACAAGUGUGUCACAGGUAGUGUUAUUGCAAUAUAUGGAGCUGAGAGGAAUGAUGGGAAAUUCACGGUUGAGGACCUUUGCACAGCUGAUCUCCCUUUGCAGACUGCAAGACCUACACUCAGCUCUGACAGGUUUGUGCUCCUGGCCUCAGGACUUGGUCUUGGCAGCAGUCAUGCCGACAGCAUGCUGAGCCUACAAUUGCUGGUUGACAUGGUAACUGGGCAGCUUGGUGACCAAGGGGAGCAGAGCAGGUCAGCAACAAUUUCCAGGGUCCUACUGGCUGGAAACCUCCUGAGCCAGUGCACCCAGGACAAAGACGCAUCAACGAAGGCAAAGUACCUGACAAAGAAGACUCAGGCUGGCAGUGUUGAUGCCAUUCGUUUGCUGGAUGAGCUGCUGCUUCAGCUUGUGUCCUCUGUUCCUGUGGAUGUGAUGCCAGGCCAAUAUGACCCCACUAACUACACCCUCCCACAGCAGCCGCUCCACAGCUGUAUGUUCCCCUUGUCCUCGGUGUACCCUACCCUUCAGCUGGCUUCCAAUCCAUACCAGGCAAACAUUGAUGGAGUGAGGUUCCUGGGCACAUCAGGCCAAAAUGUCUGUGACAUUCAGAGGUACAGCAGCAUGGACAGUCACCUACAAAUACUGGAGGAAACGCUACGACUUCGACAUCUGGCCCCUACAACACCUGAUACUCUAGGUUGUUACCCAUUUUACCAAAAAGACCCAUUUAUCUUGGAAGAGUGUCCCCAUGUUUACUUCAGUGGCAACGCCCCCACCUUUGAGUCCAAGCUCUUUAAAGGAGCCGAUGGCCAAGAAGUCCUCUUAGUUACUGUCCCAGAGUUCAGCAGCACCCAAACAGUAUGCCUGCUCAAUUUACGUACUCUGGAGUGUGAGCCAAUUAGCUUCGCUGCAUUCUCUGCCAAUGACGAUGAGGAAAGUGAGAUGAACAUCAGCCACUGAGGGUGCAUACCCACCACAUACAGAACAACGUGCGGAGACUAUAGACUAUUUGUGUAUAUAAAUCUCUUGACUACAGACCAGUCAUGUCAACAUUGGGCCACAGUUCUUCAGUCACUAUCGUAAGGGUCAAUGAAUUGCUGUUAAAAUUACCUCAUAAAGCAGCUUCUCUUGUUUGCUUUGAGGUGUGUUUUUUAAUAGACAAGCAUCACUGAUAUCCUAGUAUUCUCUUAAAACAGAAAUCGGGCUAAAAAGAAGAGAGGCACACACUGUGUAUUAAUAUGACUUUAUUGAAAAAUAACUCUUUCACCCCAGCUUUCCUGAGGAAACGUGACAGAAGACUUGUUCCCUCUUCUGGCUCUCUGUUACUAGCUGUGAACAAAUGCCUUUUAACAGUGACUGUUUAUACUGUAAAAGCGAUUUCUGCCAUGGACAUAGACUGUAAGUCAACAGUUUUUAUGUGCAUUCACAAUAAACACCUUUUCAUGAAGGAAAAAAGCAUUCAUAAGAAAGACAGUAACGAGCCAGAUAAAUGCAGUGUGAACUGUCAAACUGAAAUUGUACCUAUAAUGAAUGGGUCAAUUUCUGUGAAGAGGCUUUUGUCAACUUUAAGGAACAGAUACACUGUCUUAAUAGAAUUAAUAGUUAUCCUGUACAUUCCCUUUGCUUAUAUGUUGUACAAAGACAGGAACCUUCUUUUGAUUCUUUAUCGACCUGCUCAAAAGUACAACACGACAACGAGAACUACAGUUAGGAAAGGGUGAGUGUUUACAGAA